GUGGAGGGCGGGUGUUAGUGGGUUCAACGACGAAUUGCAUUGCUGAUUUAUCACAUCACAUGAUCUGGAUAUUGUAACGUGGACCCAGAAUAGACCCUGCACAUAUAAAGUUUGGUGUAGCCAUAGCAAUGCCCUUUAUAAAUAACAAGCCUGCCAAUACAAGCAAGUGCUGAUAGUGGGUUAGCUUCCUACCUUUCGUUUCUAACCGAGGGGGUCAUCAACACAACGUGAAUUAGGAACUGGCUUGUUCACUCUAAAGAGCUGGUUCACUCGUUCACUUCAAAGAGCCGGUUCAAAGACUCGGCUCGUUCGCGAACGUCACAUCACUAGAGUGAAAUGUUUAUGUUUGCGUGCUUUAACUUAGAGUUCUCGACAAAGAAGCAGAUAUUUUCUAACGCAGACAUUAAAUGUUUGUACUGAUGAUUCAACCGGGAGAGUUUCAUGUCGAUACAACCUGUAGAUGUGCUUCAACUCUGAGUCACCUGACAUUGUCUGUAAGAAAAUGGAUAGAGAUUUAACUUCCGGAACCAGGGAUGCCGGAUGAAGCAAUGGUGUAAAAGCCGGUGUUGAAUGACAUGACUUCUCCUCACUGUCCAAUCACCAAAUAGCUUUGAGUUUCUUGUUACUUCAGGAACUGUUGCCAUGGAGCUCAGACUUCAACACUUGACACAAAGUUUUCAGCCUGCAUGCCUCACAGUGGACACACUCAUCAGAGGAGUUAUCAGGCAGCUCAUGGUAAGCAUUUUAAGGUCAGUGGAUGUGAAGGAAUGCAGGUCCAGUCGGUGCCCCUCGGCUCUGUCACUAUAGGACCGCAGUCCUGGCGCGAUGGGACGGUCCGCUCCAUCCGGCGGGCGGAGCGCCUGGUGCGGCAGACUCGGGCCGGGCGGUCCGGGACUUGCAGCCGGCCCCUGAGCUGCAGCGCCACCGCCGGUUUCACCCCAAAGCGCACAGACUGCACAGCGGAAACAACAGAUGAUAAGAUCACAGGGGAGGAAUGCGGAGAGAGUCGUGACUGCAUCUGCAAAAAUAAGAUGUCGAGGCCCCAGACUACUGGAGUGCUGUUCCCUAGUGGGUCCCAGAAGACGUCUGUGGCCCCGUUCCCACCCACCUGCUUGCGUGAGCAGUGUGCCGGGGCCAGCGUUGCUGUGGCCGGUGACUACAUGCGGAGGGUGCGGGAGGUGGAGGGCCAGCUGCGCAGGCAGGCCUGCAGGGUGACCCAGGAGGGCAUCAAGCUGGAGAGGGAGAGGGGUCACCUGGAGAGGAUGCUGCGCAGCCUCAGGACCAGUCUCACUGUCAACAGGAGGAGCUCGGAGGGGAGGACCAGGAGGCCAUCCACUGCUGAGACUGAGAGAGACGGUGCUGAUUACCUGUUGUUGUGUGAGAGAAGAGAGCUGGCACAGUUGAAACAGGAUCUGGAGGGAGCGCUGAGAAACACACUGACCCAGCUGCAGGCUCUGGGUCAGAGCAGCAGACAGCUGCUGGACUGUGCCAGUGAGCGAGCUCGUGUCCUGGAGCUGCUGCCUCACAGCGGCUCUGCUGGAGGACACAGCAGCGCUGCUCAGACCCUCAGCAAAACAGACCCCGUCAGCCCCUUUACACCAGAAUGUAAACAGGUUUUAGAGUCGUCCAAUUUGACCAUCAAUCAGUCGCAGCUGCUGAGGGAGAACAUCGUACAGAUGCUAACCAGCGCUAUCACCAGGCAGAAAACUAUUCACUGCGCAGUCAAUGAUGGCCUGGUGAAGAAAAUGGCAGAGACAGUCAGUCUGCAGCAAAACCUGACUGUGAUGUCUGCAGCCACCAGGCAGGCCAUGUUUCGCAAGCAGAGGGAAAUUAACUGUAUUCGUCACAGCCACGACAGACUGCAGGGUCCAGAGUACAGCGGUGACAUACUGUCCAGAGAGAAACUCAACAGGCCUCUGGUGCAGGUUUAUCACAGACACCCGGGGACACAGUUACCUGAGGCUGCUCAUCUCAUACAGGGCAGCGCAGUGCUGAGGCGGUGUCUGAUGUCCUCUGAGGAUGAGCUGGCGAGGCUGCAGCGCGCCUGUCUGCAGCUGCUGGAUGACCAGCACGGCAAGAGGGCAGCAGCUCAGGUGGAUGCAGCUGUCAUCCGCAUGAGGCGUCAGCAGGUCGACAAGCGAGCCAUGCCCUCUGUCCUCCAGCAGGGGGCGUGCAGAGGCCAACUUCCCCUGUCUUGUGUUCAGUAGGG